CGCGAAGGGGCGGGACAUAGAAGCUGAAGAGCAGGAAUUGGCAUCAGGGCGUGCGCGAGCCCCCGGAAAUCGUGAGGAAGGAAAAGGGCGCCAUUUCCGAAAGGAAGGGUUUCAGUGGGGAACGAGUGGAGCUAUGUAUUUUUUUUUGUCCGCUGCAGUGGAAAAUGCAGUUCACAUCACAAUUAGACCUAUUUCCUGAGUGCACGGUGACUCUACUCUUGUUUCGUGGUGUAAAAAAUGCUGGAGAUUUAAGAAAAAAGGCCAUGGAAGGUAGCAUCAAUGGAGCAUUAAUUAAUGCUACGAUGGUGCUUGAUCCAUUUCAGAUCCUCGUGGCAGCCAACAAGGCCGUGCACCUCCACAGGCUCGGGAGAAUGAAGACAAGGACUCUGUGCACAGAAAUUAUCUUCAGCCUUUCCCCAAGCAACAGCAUUUCAGAAGCCUUGAAGAAGUUUGGCAUCUCAGACAACGACACUUCAGUUUUAAUUGUUUAUGUCGAAGAAGAAGAAAAGCGAAUGAAUCCAGAAGACCUCAUAUCUCAGGUGGAUGGUCAUCAGGUUUCCUUCGACAAGCUUCCAGAAAUGACAGAUAUCACCAGCAUAAAAAAGGCAUACAAACUGACUCCCAAAGAAGAAAAGAUCGGGACAUUAUUAGAAAGUAUCAUUUGCAGAAUGUCAACCAAAGAUGUUUUGUGAAAUAAAAAAAAGAAUCAAAAAAUG